AAUUCCAGGAAGCACGAUAUUCCAGGUGUGAAGAUGGACAAGCUGCAUUCGAAACCUUGGAAGAAGUAUAUAACUCGACUGUUGAAGGUGUUUAAACUGCCGUCAGAGCUCACGCCAAAUUUGAACAAGAAGACGAAAGCAGGGGCGCUCAACUUUCUUUUGCACAAGAGGUUCGUUGACAAUACUUUCGGCGACGAGAGUUGGAAGGAAAUGGUCCAGGAAGCAAUUGGCGACGAAGAGGAGUUGCAGAAAGCACUUAUUUAUCAGGUUGCCGCGUACGGAGAUUUUUCCGAGGCCCUGAGGUGGGCGCAUUUCUAUAACGUGGACAGGAAAGACUGGCCUUACACUGUGAGAAUGCACGAAGAAAAUCCAGAUGGGAAUCGGGCACAGCAAAAGUUGACAAUACCCGAUGAAGAAUCCUGGGACAACCAAAUUGUACAGGAACCAGUUGAGUAUCAUAAACUUCUCCUACCGCCUAGCAACGUACAUCUUAUCGACAAUCCCGUGAAGUUCGAAAAUCUCCUGGAUAUCGGUUUCCAAGAAGUAGACCUCAUCGGGGUCGACUGUGAGUGGAAACCAAGUUUCGGGGGCCAAGUCAGCGAGCUCGCUUUGAUGCAGAUAGCCACUAGGAAAAAUGUGUUCGUUUUUGAUAUAGUUAGCCUUAACAGUCACAAGUUGCCGCAUCUUUGGCAAGAGCUUGGAAAAUUCAUAUUCAACAACUGUCAUAUCCUGAAAGUAGGUUUCAGUUUAUCGGGUGAUUUCCAUAUGAUCAGGCACGCCUUGCCGGAUCUCAACUUCAACACCAGGCAAAUGGGUUUCUUGGAUUUGGGUUCAUUAUGGAAAAGCAUUGAGAAAUUUCCCGGAGUUAAAUUACCGUUUGAAGGUGAGUGGAAUGCAUGCAAUGGAAACAAUUUCGUUAAGGUGUCUCGAUCGACCAUGAACACUCUGAUUCAGAAUGAUGCCCCUAAGUAUUGUCCCCCUCCGCCUUGUCUCUACGAAGACGAGGCCACCGGAUUUUCCAGCGAAGAAGAUUACUUUGAAGAAGCUUGUCCGCCAGUCUCCAGAGACCGAAAAUGGGACCUAUAUCCGGACGAGAAGGUGGACGUCGGUCUCUGCCAGACGAGGCUGGGAUGCAAGAUUCAGGUGAAGGCGGUUCCCAGACCUGUCUUGGAAAAGUACGACUUUUUUUACGUAUGCGAGGAAUGUGGAAAGGUGUACUGGGAUGGGUCAUACUUUGAGAGGGUCAUCCAGGGCAGGCUUCAAGGAAUUGUGCAAUGAGAUUGGGAUUGUUUUAUCGAUUGUUGGAAUUUUAUUUUAAGAAGUUGAUUAAUGUUUUUAUCAGUUUGGACGUCCUUCAUUAAACAUACAUGCCACUAUUCA